GUGAUAUGAUAAGUUCCGAGCCUUGUGCACUUGUGGGACUCGUCUCACGAGUGUACGGCGUCUGUCGCGCCUUGAAAUUUGGGUUUUGGGGCAUGACAUUUACAAUAUUAUAUUAUAUUCUCAUUUAUUUUUAUAUGUUGUAUAUUUGAAAUUUUAUUUUAACUAAAAUCAAAAUAGAAUUUCGAACACAAAGGGCAGCAAUUAAAUGGCUAAACUUGCACUUAGAGAAGCUGCCACAUACCAUAAUUCUCCAGCUGUAGAAACCGGAGCUGCAGGGGGGAAGAGGCCGGCGGCAAGCUGCAGGGAAAGCUCACGGGUUUACCCAAAAAUUGGAGGAACAAGAGCAAUUAAAGUAAACCCAGGGCAAUUCAAAGCUAGAGAAGGGAGAAUUCGAGCUAUUUCUUACCAAAAAACCGAACAAAUCACACCCACAAAGCAGGAGCAGCCGGACGGUGAGGAGCAGAGCAAGGCAGAUCCGAAAUUCUGCAGAUGGGGGGAAGGAUUUCUGGGUUCUAGAACAAGAAAGGAAGGAGAAAUCCAAACUUUCUCACCGGUUUCUCAAGGUUGGUGCCGGCGGCUUGCUUGGUUCCUUCUUUUUUUUUUCUCUCGGGUUGCAGCAGGGUCGGGAAGAGCAGAAGCACGCGGGGAAGAAGAAAAGAAAAAGAAGGAAGCUGAUCCUUAUCCAAUUAUUUUCCUCUUUUAAGUCCCUCAACUUUUAAACAUUUUGCCAUUAAGCCCCAAAACAAUCUUUUUCCACAAUUUAGUCCUUAACUUAAAUGAUAAAAUUCCUGAAAUUUU